UUCCUCGAUGUUCGGGUGGUCUCGGAUUGACAGAUUAUAACAGUGUGCAUGCGUUCGUCCACGUGAACUCUUUGUUGCGUCUGGUGUACGUUUGUGUGUGUCCAUACCGGUCAUGUUUUGACAGCUGCCAAAAUAGUGCAAAAUAGAUGCAAUAAAAAACAUCAAUAGCAGAUAAGAUUAGAAGAGCCGCCGUUACACCUGUAUUUUUCAACACAUAACUUGUCAGACAAGAUCUAUUUGCAGAAGAGUUAAAGCACAAAAGUCUUGUCAUGAUUAAAUUUUUAUUUUCUUAAUGAUUAUUGCACUCCUAAACGAUGCAGGCUGUAAAAUCCUCUUAUAAGCUGCAUUUCACAAAGUGUCUGUCGAGAAUGGCAGGGAAAGAUGCAAAGGUGGAAUCAAAAUCAACAGACGUGGUAAGACAAGGAUUUAUGGUUAAACGUUCUCAAAACAAGAAACGUUUCACUCCUGUUAACUACAAGCAACGUUGGUUUGUACUCACACGUCGUCAUCUCGUGUACUAUGAUAGCGAUAGUGAGCGGCGCAAAGAACGAGGUCGUAUUGCGAUUGAAACAGUCCAUGUGGUAGAAACAGCAAAUCUUGGUAAUAAUCCUGGAUGUGGGAGUGGGAAUACAAAAAUAGAUACAACUGGUAAUGACUUAGGUAGUAGCGGAGGUAACGUACCACCAGGACUACCAUUCCAGAUAGGAUAUCGAGAAGCCGGACAAGAGUACACUCUUUAUCUUCUUGCUGCAAGGGAGCAAGAUCGAUCUGAAUGGAUACGUGCUAUCCGUGCUGUUUGCUGUGAAAAUCCAGGUUUAAGCGAUCGUUAUCACUUGGGCUUGUGGAGUGGAAAACGUUGGUCCUGUUGCCGUUUAUUAACGCGAUCUGCCGAAGGUUGCGAUACAUGCAGUUCUUGGUCUAUGAAUGUGACAAACGCUCCAACGUGUCCGCUCCGAACAAUAACUUCUGCCACGGGAAAUGUUACUGCCUCGAUUGUCAAUUCAUCGGCGGAUUCUACAAUUCAAAUGGCAAACGCUGAAACGAACAACAAUCCGAUCAUUCAACCUCAGGCGUGUUCUACAUUUGGUACUCCUUCAACUCCAAUAAUGCCGGGUGGAACUCCUGGUACUCCAUCUUCUAAAAAUAAAGACAAAGUAGUUACAAGGGCCAAGGUUGUGGUGGCUUUGUAUCCUUUUCGUGCAAUAGAAGCUGGAGAUCUUUCUCUUGAAAAGGGUGCGGAAUAUGAGGUAUUAGAUGAUUCCCAAGAACAUUGGUGGAAGGUGAAAGAUGAGCAUGGAUCAAUUGGUUAUAUACCUAGUAAUUAUGUGAAAGAAAAAGAACUUUUAGGAUUGCAAAAAUAUGAAUGGUAUGUGGGUGAUAUGUCGAGACAACGAGCGGAAUCUUUAUUGAAACAAGAAGAAAAGGAGGGAUGUUUCGUCGUUCGUAAUUCCUCAACGAAAGGUCUUUAUACACUUUCACUUUAUACAAAAAUUCCACAUCCACAUGUAAAGCACUAUCAUAUAAAGCAAAGUUCACGAGGAGAAUUCUACCUCUCGGAAAAGCAUUGUUGCAGUUCGAUUCCUGAUCUUGUGAAUUACCAUCGACAUAAUAGCGGGGGACUUGCUAGUCGAUUAAAGACGAGCCCUUGCGAUAGACCAGUUCCACCCACCGCCGGCCUCAGUCAUGAUAAAUGGGAAAUAGAUCCGGCAGAAUUACAUUUACUAGAUGAACUAGGCUCCGGUCAAUUUGGAGUGGUACGAAGAGGAAAAUGGCGUGGUUCCAUCGACGUUGCUGUGAAAAUGAUGAAAGAAGGAACUAUGUCUGAAGAUGAUUUUAUAGAAGAAGCAAAAGUUAUGACGAAACUACAGCAUCAAAAUCUCGUCCAAUUGUACGGUGUUUGCAGUAAAGACAGACCGAUAUACAUUGUCACAGAGUAUAUGCGGCAUGGAUCUCUUCUCAACUACCUCCGUCGUCACGAAACCACAUUAGGUGCAAAUGUUGGUCUUUUGCUGGAUAUGUGCAUACAGGUCUGUAAAGGAAUGGCAUAUUUGGAGAGACAUAACUAUAUCCACAGAGACCUUGCAGCACGCAAUUGCUUAGUUGGAUCUGAAAACGUAGUGAAAGUGGCUGAUUUCGGUUUGGCAAGAUAUGUCCUAGAUGAUCAAUAUACCAGUAGCGGGGGUACUAAAUUUCCAAUUAAAUGGGCACCACCAGAAGUUUUGAACUAUACUCGAUUCAGUUCUAAAUCGGACGUCUGGGCGUAUGGGGUAUUGAUGUGGGAAAUUUUUACCUGUGGAAAAAUGCCUUAUGGUCGUCUCAAGAAUACCGAGGUUGUCGACAGAGUUCAACGUGGAAUUAUAUUAGAAAGACCGAAGGCUUGCUUCAAAGAAGUUUAUGAGGUAAUGCGAAAGUGUUGGGCACACUGUCCGGAAGUUCGACCUUCCUUUCGUGUUCUUAAGGAACAGCUCAUUAGCGUUUCUCAAGGCCUUCUCAAUGAUUGACUCAACCUUCUCCGGUGUAUGCGCCUUUCUUCACCCUCUGGCCGAUCAAUACAAUACAUAAAAUCUCCAUCGUCAUUGGAGCAAUCGACUUCUGUUCUAGCAUCCUCUAAUUCAUCGUGCAAUUCUGCGACAUUACCUUCAUCACAUAAAACUCGUGCACCGGCCUCUUUGCCUUCCUCGGUCAACUUCCUUCAUCUAUCAUCGACCAUAUCUAGACCGGAAGAGGAAGAAUCAUCUUCGCAAAGCACGACUCAUCACUUGGCUAGUCAACCAUCCGCAAGUUCGUCUAACGUUUGCGACAUUUGCAGUUCUUAUGGACAUCCGUGGAUAGAACUUUGCAAGGCAAUACGGGCUACUAAAGAUAAAUGAACAUUUUCGUUUAUUUGUAAUAUAAUGACUACACAUCGUUUUUGCUUCAUAAAAUGCUUAAAUACAGGCUGCCCUAUGUUUUUAGUCUUCACAACGAGAAAAUUAGAGUAAAAUUGGAAGGAAAUUGAGGAAGAAGAAUACAAUAAAUAUUACACAAGAAAAAAAAAACAAAAAAAAAAAAAAAAACAAAAAAAAAAAAAAGAGGGCGUGUAAAGAUGAGGUUCUAAAAAGCUUCUUUACUGAAAUAUCGCUAUUAAGAAAAGAAUUAGUUGUACGUUUGAAACAUCUUAUAUUACACAAUAAAUGUUUAAGAUAUAAGCGAGUUGUGGCAUGUGUAACCAUUGAUAUAAUAAUUUUGGUAUUUUUUAUUUUUUUAUCGUUUCAAUAUUGAACAAUUAAGAAAGUGAUAUAUUUUAGACUGUGUAGUAAUUCACUGAUCAAUGUAGUUUACAAUAUCUAAUAGAAUAAUGGCCUCGAUAUAACAACGAUAUUCGUCAGCAUCUUUAAAUCGAUCUACUUUCAUAUUUUUCUCUGCUCGUUUAUCCUAUUAUUAUUAUUAUUAUUAUUAUUAUUAUUAUUAUUAUUAUUAUUAUUAUUAUUAUUUUUGUUUUAUGUUUUAUUUUUAAAGCGUUUAUAAAAAUUUAUGAUGUCCAUAAUGUUUGUUAAUAUCUUUCUCUCGAUACACCAUAAUUUCAUUAAAUCUAUUUGCGGAUUAUUACAGGUACUAAAUAAUUAUACAGUACAAAAACGAUCGUGGUUACGACCAAUAAACUUAAUGUAACGUCCAUUCGAUCGUUUAAACAUUUCUUACUUUUUACAUGAAAUUAUAUUAAAAUAUUUUAAAUAAUUCUA